AGAUGUCCUAGAUGUCAAAAGCAAUUUAAGAGACCAUCAUCAUUACAAACCCAUUUAUAUUCUCAUACAGGGGAAAAGCCAUUUCAAUGUACAUGGGAGGGAUGUGGUAGAUUAUUUUCAGUAAGGUCUAAUAUGACGCGUCAUAUGAAGCUUCACGAAAGAGAUUUGAAGAAUCAAGAAAAG